AUGCCAGCUUUCGCAAACCUAUGCCACGGCUGGCCGCGUGGAAAGCAAAAUCCAGGCGAUUGGAGAGACGAAGGCAUAGAAUAUAUAUGGGAUCUCCCCGCCGCAGCCUCAAAGGGGGACACGCAUGCCUGUCACCCCAGGCAACGCGCGCCAGCCCAAUACCUAACUCCUACGAUCCCGCAAGAACCUGGUAGCAAGCCACCCCACCACGACGCGCCGGCCCCAAUGGCGACUGCCGCACCCGGGUCAUCCAUAACACUCAUGUUCGGCGGCAACGGGCACAGCCGGGGUAAUUUCGGUGGCGUGGAAAAGGGCGAUCCGGGAAGGGUCUCCGUGUACUGGGCUGGUAGUAAAGAAAAGGAGAUUGUGGAUGUGAAGGAAUUAACAAAAGAGAAUCUUGUGCAGGAUAAUGGGUUUAGUGAAGAGAGCUUUGCGUAUCCGGCGGACUUGAAGAUUACGGCGCCGCCGGCGCUGCAAGAUAAGGGAAAUUGGCAAACGGUACAUUUGUAA